AUGAAAACCCCUCUUUCCGGUUUCUACAGAAACCCCGUCAAGUUCCGAAUGCCAACUUCGGAAAAUCUCGUACCCAUUCGACUCGACAUCGAAAUCGACGGACAUCGAUACAAAGAUGCCUUCACAUGGAACCCUUCAGACCCGGAUUCUGAAGUUGUGGUGUUUGCUAAAAGGACUGUGAAGGAUUUGAAGCUACCUCCUCCUUUUGUUACUCAGAUUGCUCAAUCCAUUCAAUCUCAGUUAGCGGAAUUUCGAUCCUAUGAGGGUCAAGAUAUGUAUGCUGGAGAGAAGAUUAUUCCUAUCAAGCUUGAUCUUCGUGUAAAUCAUACGCUUGUAAAGGACCAAUUUUUAUGGGACUUGAACAACUUCGAUAGUGAUCCUGAAGAGUUCGCAAGAAUCUUCUGCAGAGACAUGGGCAUUGAGGAUCCUGAGGUUGGACCAGCUGUUGCCUUUGCCAUCAGAGAACAGCUUUAUGAGAUUGCAAUUCAAAGUGUGGUUUCAGCAAGAGAAAGCAGAUUAAGCAAGAAGGGUCGUCGAGGGGCUGACUUUACUCCUAUCAGUAAAGGAGGUGCUGUAGCAGUGGACUUGGUCAAGUUAUUUGGUAUUAAAUCAAGUGUUGUUCGGAAAAGGAAGGAGUGGGACGUAUAUGAACCGAUUGUGGAUCUUCUAUCCAACGAGGAAGUUGAUGUCCUUGAAGCAAAGGAAGAGAGAAAUUUCAGGUGA